AUGGCAUCACCACCAAAACCAUGGGAGCGCGCAGGCGCGACGCCCACGGCUACUGCGACAUCAUCGCUCGCGUCUUCCACGCCCGCAGCAGCCAUGUCGAGCGCAAUCCCAAACACCAUGGCGACGCCUCUCUCCGCAACCGAUUCCACAUCGCCCGCAAUCCCCGCGCGACCCGCAACUUUGUCCGCUGCCGUGAACCAGAACGCUGCCGCCUACAGUAGGCCAUACGGUACCACGCCAUAUGGCUCAGGAUACGGCUCGGCAUACGGCUCAGCGUACUCGUCACCGUACGGCUCCCCCUAUUCUCGAUAUGGCGGAGGAAUGUACGGGAACAGCAUGUAUGGUGGUGGGAUGUAUGGUGGCGGCUACGGCGGCUAUGGCGGCGGAAUGUAUGGCGGAGGCAUGUACGGUGGUGGAGGUAUGCCUGGGAUGCCAGGUGAUCCGAACAACCCGGAAAGCCUCACACAGCGCUUCAACAUGAGCACGCAGGCCACGUUCCAGAUGCUGGAAGGUGUCGUUGGGGCAUUUGGUGGGUUUGCGCAGAUGCUGGAGAGUACAUACAUGGCGACACAUUCGAGUUUCUUCGCCAUGGUCUCGGUCGCUGAACAAUUCGGCAACCUCCGCGACACUCUCGGCUCCGUCCUGGGGAUUUUCACCUUGAUGCGCUGGAUCCGGACCCUGAUUGCGAAGCUGACCGGACGGCCACCGCCGGUCGAUGCCACGGCCCUUACGCCCGCCUCGUUCGCCCGGUUUGAAGGGCGCACAAGCGGUGUGCCCGAGCGCGCAGGGCCUCCCAAGCCCAGCCGGAAACCGUUGUUCUUCUUUAUGCUCGCCGCCUUCGGUCUGCCCUACGUGAUGAGCAAAGUCAUCCGCUCCCUCGCCGCUAAUGCCGAGGAAGAGGAACGCCAACGGCAGCUCGUGGCCGCGCAACAAGCUCUGGACCCCUCCAAGCUGGAGUUCUGCCGCAUGCUGUACGACUUCUCGCCCGCUACGCAGGGCCAAGCCGUCGUCCAAGGCGUCGAUCUCGAGGUUCACAAAGGCGACCUCGUCGCAGUGCUUAGCAAGAGCGAUCCGCUAGGCAACCCGAGCGAAUGGUGGAAGUGCCGCGCCCGCGACGGCCGCAUCGGAUACCUGCCCUCGACCUUCUUGGAGGUACUGCGCAAGCCCGGCGCGCCUCUCGCCGCUAUUCAGGACACCCCUGCUACCGCAAGCGAGAGCAGCCGCGCCAGCUCGCUCACCAGCUCCAUCAGCGCGCCCGGUGCCUUGCCCCAAGCAGCGAAUCCUUUGAAGGCCCCGAUCAUGCCCGCAACCAAGAUCGGUGAUGUCACGGCCGAGAGCUUUCAGAAGUCCCAGUUCUACUCUUAA